GCUAAACAGAAGGUGGGUGUCCAGAUUUAGAAACAGGUUUUUAUAAAUGAUUUUAAAUUAACAUUUUUAGACAUUUAGUCUCAUUUUUUUUGUCUAAAAAGAAAAAAGUCUUACCUGCAAAAACAGAACUCCUUAAAAGAAGGUAAUUAUAAUCAUGUUUUCUUGUUUUGUGUCCUUUUGCAGGGUAAUUUCUGAUUUCUAUAAAAUGAUUUAUAAAUGUGUUAAACGCUAACAGGAAGUCCUGCUGACUGAACUAGUUAGUGAUGAAUAAGAACACACGUUUCAAUCUAAAACAGCUCAGAAGUAAAAAUAAAACAAACAAAAGCAGAUUUUUUUUUCUUUUUUUAACGUUUUUAAAAUCUGUUCUUUCCCUCAAGAAUAAUGAAGAUCCUUCCUGUUUUCCUGCUGCUGCUGCUGCUGCAAGUUUGGGCUUUGGAGUCUUCAGAGGAAACCAGCAGCUCUGACCCAGAAAUGCCUCCUGCAGUAGAACGCUAUAAGAAAUUUAUAUGGCAGCACAUAGAUCCAUCCAUGACAGCUACAAGUUGUGAUUUAGUGAUCAAAAAGAGGGAAAUCUACUACUCGAACGGCUGUAAGAGGAUCAACUCCUUCAUUCUUGCCGAUGAAAAACAGGUCAAAGCCAUCUGUCAGGGUCAGGGAAAUUACGAUGAAAGGUCCAAGCUGACCUCCAGUAAAGCAAAGUUCCGUAUUGUUGCUUGUAACCUGAAGAAACGAGUCCGGAAACCUAGCUGUCACUACACAGGGAGGCUUUUGACUCACAGAGGCGUUGUAGUGAAAUGUGACGGAGGUUUGCCUGUUCACUAUGACCAUGACUUUUAAAUGUGAUCGCUCUCCAAAACCACAGUUAUUCACAUGUAAAAGUUCAUGCUUUAUGUUUUUGUAUCCGUGUUCAGCUGUUCACCUGCAUGUUUCACACAAAUAAACCUGCUA